GAGGCGGGGGCGGGGCUUCGUGACAGCUGAGUCUGGAGUCUGCUCAUUGCGGCUUGUAGCGGCCGGCUGUCAUCAUGUGGGUGUUCGGCUAUGGCUCGCUCAUCUGGAAGGUGGACUUCCCCUACGAGGAGAAGCUGGUGGGCUACAUCACCUGCUACAGCCGGAGGUUCUGGCAAGGCAGCACCGACCACCGGGGGAGUGACAGACGGCCUGGAAGAGUGGUCACACUUGUGGAAGAUCCAGAGGGUUGCGUAUGGGGAGUUGCUUACAGGCUGCCGGAGGGAAAGGAGGAAGAAGUAAAAGCUUACCUUGAUUUUCGAGAGAAAGGCGGCUACAGGACUACUACAGUUGUCUUUUAUCCUAAAGAUCCUUCUAUAAAACCAUUCAACGUUCUUCUUUAUAUCGGAACCUGUGAUAACCCCAACUACCUUGGCCCCGCUCCCUUAGAAGACAUCGCAGAGCAGAUCUUUAACGCUGUCGGCCCCAGCGGAAAAAACACAGAAUACCUGUUUGAACUUGCCAAUUCACUCAGGGACCUUGUACCAGAAGAUGCAGACGAGCAUCUGUUCUCUUUAGAAAAGCUGGUGAAAGAACUUUUAGAGAGACACCAACAUAUUAAUUGUAUAUAAUGGGAACAUUGUAUAUAAACCUUUCACAAGCUAGGUGCUGUUGUAUAUAUUGGGCUUUGAAGUGUCCGCAAUAUGAACAGUCUUUGUUGCAACU